AUGUCACAAUUACUUGACCCAAUCCUCCAUCCGCUCGACGACGACGAUGACCACGAUGCCCCAACGACCACCACACGUAGAAUAACAGAGACCGACCCAGAAGAGACCGACAAGAUGUCAUCUUCCUCCGCACCAGCAGCAUCCAUCACCUCAGCUUCAGCCGUCACUUCAUUGCCUCCUUCCACUUCGGCAGUAACCAGUACAGUCAGGUCUCAGAACCCUGCUACACCCCAAUCCAGCGCAGCCAAAUCUACCAUCGUUUCAUCUGCCGCAGCAGCCAGUUCAACCUCUACUUCCAGUUCCCCCGCAUCGACUAGACCCACCUUGACAUCCACUUCCACAUCCAGCUCGACCUCUUCUGCUAGACCCACUUCGACCUCAUCCCUCAUUUCCUCUUCGUCUGCCAAAGCGACGCUGAGCUCCGGUAGCGCUAGUAAGAGUGUAAGUAGCGCCACCAGCAGUGCGACGAAAGCGGCGAGCGAGAAUGGGAAGAGCGGUAUCGGAGGGUCGAGUCUGAGCUUGGGUGCGCUUGUUGGUAUAAUCAUCGGUGGUAUCGUCGCUUUGGUCCUGAUUGGUAUAGUAGCGACUCGAACGAUACGACAGAAACAACGAAGGGAUAGAGCCAAGAGGAGAAGUUCCAUGUUCGAGUGGCCAAGUACUACAAUGGAUGAUCAACCGUAUGAGAAACCUAGAUACGAACCACCUUCACAAUCAUACGCAAUGUCCGAUUCGUACGGUAACUCCACCAACGCCAACGGUAACGGCGGAUCAGUCUCCUACGUGACCAACGAAACUUCCUAUGCACCUUUACCUACUCAACAGCAGGUCCCCCAGAAUUACAUGGAGAGGAAUAAUCCGCAAUACUCUUAUAACCAGCAACCUUCUUACCCUCCUCAACCUCAAUAUCAGGAAAAUAUCGUUCCUCCCCCUAUGGCUGCACCGGCACAUGCCUCGAUGCAAAGUAAUUCUACCGGAGGAGGAUUAAGGGACGGAUCGAUGGUCAGAGUUAAUGUUGGAUUUGUAAGAUCUCUCGAGGAUGAAUUGGCAAUCACGCCAGGUCAACAACUUUACUUGCAUCAGAUGUACGAUGAUGGAUGGUGCUUGUGCGAAGAUUCCAACCAAUUCAAGGGUGUAGUACCCAUCAGCUGCUUACAACCUCUUUCGAGCGGUAGUGGUGGUGUCGUCAAUGGUGGGUUAGCACCUGAUAUGGCCAGACAGGGGAGUGGUGGAUCAGGUGGAUCGGCUGAGAGAUUACAGAGGAGAUCAAGUCUGUAUAGGGAACAUUAA